AAUUUUUGUUUUUUUCCAUGAUCGGUGAGGUGUGCAAGGCGCACCUACCGGUACCCCAUACCGCAGUCAGUUUUCAAAGCCUCCAUUUUCUCCGAGAGCCGAGCAAGGAUACAAGUGUCAAUUGGAGAGACGAGAGGGAGUAAGUGAAAUCGAGUGGACGAUGAAGGACCUUCCAGAGGGCCAUACACCUCCUUUGAGUGAUCUGGAGGAUGAUGAUGAAGUGAGCUCCAAGCCAAUGAUGAGAAAUUCCAAGAAGAAGAAGAAGAAGGAACGAGUGAUUGACUACACACAGUACAGUUUUUUCCAGCGCUUUUACAUGCGCAUGGCGCGUUGGCCCCGUGUUCACUUCUGGGUGUCUUUUGUGGUUGCCCUCACAUUGAGCAUUGUGGGGUUUGUCGUUGGUGAUUUCACCGUGGCGGCCGACAAUGCCGGCUGGCAAUCACGGGGCACUUUGAUUGCCGAUCGACAGACCCAGGCCAUGUUGGUCACGUAUAAUCUCUACAACUUGACGACCGACGAAUCAGCAUGGGAUGAAUUGAUCGACAAUGUCCAACCAGGAUGGCAGAAUGGUCUCGAUGAUGACAACUACAAUGGAAGGAGACUUACGAGUACUACAACUACACAAGUAGACCAAGAAGAAAACGAAGAGUGGUGCUGGAAAGACGCACUGGUGCCCCAUCAGGGACCCGGCAUGGACUUUGGUCGUCGUGGAGACCGUGCUCGGAAGGAUGCUCGUAACUUACGAAAACCGUCGAGUGACACGCAGAAACAGUUCAUGCGCGUCUUACUCCAAAGGCAAUUGAACGUAGAAGCUUCCUACAACUCCUCUUCGUUGAACGCCCUUGUGGGCUCUCUCUUCCCGGGAUUGGAGGGAUGCGAUGUAGCCUGGUAUGUCGAUGGACGCAUGGACGACUAUCCCUUUACUCGGCAUCUAUGGCCUGUAUGGAAGGUUCUCAACGAAGGACAAUCCGCAUUGGAUCAGCAAGUAUUUCAAGAUCUAUGUCAUUCCGAGCAAGAAACACAAAACUAUCUCAAGGAGCAAAACCUCUGUGAAGGGUGCAAUGGUCCUCAGCAAUGCCUGCCGCCGUAUUCCCUCGUUCUCUUGGCACGUCUUGCCAUUCCCGAUGGCAUGGCUAUGGAUUGUGAAACACUCUCACAAACUUUCGUUGCAGGAGGGUAUCAGGAAGAAACAAAAGCCACGUUUCAAGAAUGCGUGGAUGCCCUGGUGGGAUCUGAUUUUAUCGACACGGGACGAAUGCCCACCGAAUGUCCCCUGGGCUUUUAUCCCAGUGUACUCGAUGAAUUCUUUCAAACGGCCAACGAUGGACGCAUCACCUACACAUCCAGCAUUUACCGAACACCCGUGGACGAGGACACGGUGGAGGACACGGUGCGCGCCUUGUACGAACGAGUCGAUUACUUUCACAAGGGAACCGAAAACAUUGAAGGAGCUUACGAUACACAGUACGAAGAUUUUGCAACGCUGCUCUCCGAAACGGCCGUCAACAGUGACAUGGCAUUGGCGGCGGGAAGUGCCAUUACCACUGUCUUUGCCCUCAUGAUUCACACCCGAUCAUUUUUCCUCAGUUUUGUUGGUAUUGUCCAGAUCUGUCUCUCCUUUCCACUGGCAUACUUUACCUAUUACUUUUUGGGAGGAUUGACCUUUUUCCCAUUUCUCAAUUUCAUUGGAGUCUUUGUGGUGUUUGCGCUUGGUGCAGAUCAUGUCUUUGUAGCAGUCGACAAGUGGAAGAAUGCCCGCAAGGAUUUUCCAGAGGACACCACGGAAGAAAUUGCCGCCAAGGCAUUGCCCGACAGUGCCGAAGCCAUGCUCUUGACCACGUCCACUACGGCGAUUGCGUUUUUUGGAACCGCGAUUUGUCCCGUGGCUCCGGUCCGGCUUUUUGCCAUUUUUUGUGGACUACUCAUUGUCUGGGAUUACAUUAUGGAUAUUCUACUCGUUUUCCCGAGUCUGUGCAUCUAUGAUCAGUAUCUGGAACGAGUCGACAAACCAAACUGUUGCAUGACCUGUCACUGCUGUCAUCGCUUCGAAGGAGGCAAACACGAAAUUAACGAUGACAGCGAGUUAGUAGAUAAGGACGAGGCUGAGAAAAAGCAAGAACACGCCAAAUAUGACGAUGAUGGCAACAUGAUUCAAAAUUUGACCCAAAACUUGCAGGAACAAGCCCACGAGUUGAACGUUGUAAAUUUGCACAAUCGCUACAAGGACAUUGAUGAAGACCACAAACCCAGUCUCAUUCGACGAGUGCUAUUGGGGUAUUAUCACGUCUUGCACACACUGCGAUAUCCGCUAUUGGUGGCUUGUGCGGUAGCCUAUGGACUAUGCCUCUGGAAAGCAUCCCAACUAAGGCUUCCCUUGACGCCCGAUGUGCGACUCUUCCGAGAAGACCACGAAUUCGAAAAAUCCAAUGCCUGGCGGUUGCACCUGCUCAGCGAUGUUUUGUACAAAUCAGCGGGAUCGUAUGCAGUAAUGCUGUGGGGAACCAUUCCGGCCGACACGGGCGAUCACAACAAUCCAAGAUCGUGGAGUCAGCUGGUCUUGGACGACUCGUUUGAUCCGUCAACCACAGAGGCGCAAGAGUACAUGCUCGGGUUUUGUGACAAGUUCUUCAACCAGACCAACAGCAGCCAAUUCGAUGAGGACGCCUGUCCCAUUGAUAGCUUUGAUGCAUGGUUGCGGUCCGAGUGGAAUGCCUCGCAAACAGAGAAUGCUACCGUCAGUGAAGCCUACCUGAAGUCGUGUGGGUUUGCAUGGGGGUUGCCCAUUUCUCCGUCAGUCUUUCAUGAAUGUACUUCGGCAUGGGCGGACGAAGUGGAUGAUUAUCGUGUGCUCUCGCGGGACGGGAUUGUGGAAAUCAUAUUUUUCGAAUAUGCUAGCCCGGUGCGAUAUGACAGCCCUAGCGACAAGUUGGAUGAAGAAUGGCACGCGACAGAGGAUUGGUUGACCGAAGUGCAAAAAUCAGCUCCACCAGAAGUCAGCAAGGCAUUCUUCUCGUCACAUGACUUCUGGUGGUACGACACCAAUCUGCAAAUGUUCAGUACGGCACUUGGAUCAGCAGCGAUCGCCAUUUCGGCUUCAGCAGUUAUCAUUUUGCUAUCGUCGCGGUCUAUAGUCAUGACGAUCUUUUCGGUCCUCUGCGUGGGCUAUGUAUUGUCCAGUGUCACAGCAAUGAUAGUUACGAUUGGUUGGAGGUUGGGAUUCUUGGAAUCCAUCUGCUUUGCCAUUUUGAUUGGAAUUUCGGUGGACUUUGUGAUUCACUUGUCUCAUGCCUACACGUCGUUGCCAGGCACAGUUCCAAGAGAGAAACGAGCCAAACACGCUCUGAUCUAUAUGGGUCCUUCCAUCUUGGCUGCGGCUGUUACCACCAUUGCUGGUGCGGCUGUCAUGUUGUUUUGCAUCAUUACAUUCUUCACCAAGUUUGCCACUAUCCUGUUCUUCACAAUCAUCCAGUCCAUUCUGGGGAGCUUUGUUGUCUUUUUGGUCUUGGCGGACACCCUUGGUCCUGCCACGCCGACAUACAUGGCGGAUAAACUCUGUGGAGUUGACACCACACCCGACGAAUCCACGAAAGCAUCCACAAAGGAAACAAAACCAGCACAAGUCGGAGGCGAGCUGGCGGAUGGAUCGCUGACAAAAACACCCGAUGCUUCUGUCAUGAACAAUGAGAUGUGGGGCAGUGUGCUCGAGGAAGAAGUUGAAUGUUAGGAAAGUAUUUGGACAUAUAUUAGAAGACAAUUACAUACUCAGAAUUUGAUGUCCAGGUAUGGGUUAGGAAAAGGGUACCAGAACCGAAGAUUGGUCCAAACCUCUUGUCAUCCACUGACUGAAGAGUUCAUUCCCCCACCGUCUCACCUCUGCGAAUCAACUGGCUUAUAUGCUAAAACGGAAGCCGGCUUGGAGACUAAGGGAGAUGAGGUAACAAACAAGCUUAACUACAGUGAAUUAUUUACCUCCACUACGCUUCAAAUGCUCUCUGGAAUCCUUUUUGCCGUUUUUUGGUCCCUUCAUUUUUCUUCUCCAACCGACCC